AAAUAUGUAGCUGGAAACUAUAAAAGUUCAUAAAAUGCUGAACUGAAUAUAAAAUAGAAAACUUUUUAAUAUUUACAUACAUUUAAUACAAUUAGCCUAUCAAGAAAUAAUACUGUGAAUCAUUAGAAAUCUAUUGUUUAGUAAUAGUUAUAAUAACGGUUUGGAAAGUGACACGACAUGGAUCAAGAGAGACCAGAAAGUACUGUAAAUCAUGGAAAACGAACUCGACCUUUGUUACUUCAACCAAGUCCGAAGAUCGCCAGAAUAUCAGCUUAUGGAAAUUCGUCAAGCUCUGUGCUUAAAAACUCAAAAAAAUUGGGUCCACACUCUCAUAGAAAGUCUAAAAUAUUGUAUAACAAGUGUGAUGUUCCACCUCCAGGAACUCUAGUUCCAGAAAAGCAUGUUCGAAAAGCUGGACCUUAUUUACUAGGUCCUAAACUUGGACCUAGUCCAGUUAAGAGUAUAGUGCAAUGUUUAGCACGAAAAGAAAAAACUGAUGAGUUUUACCAAAUAAAAAUUUUGACUUUACGGAAUGAGGGUCAGCCUGAGACACAAGAUGAUCGACAAGGAAAAAUGUUAUUGCAUACAGAGUAUUCUCUUUUAUCACUUUUAAAGGAUCAAGACGGUGUGGUUCAUCAUCAUGGGCUUUUUAAGGACCAUGCUCUUGAAGAAAUUCCCAAUCCCAAUGGUCCAGGUUAUGUGUACACGGGCCGUGUACGGCAGAGACUGUUCCUUGUCUUAGACUGUGUUACUGCACACCAGUUUAGCGAGAAGGGUAGUGAGCUGAUUAACCUUCAACAGUAUGUUACAAAAGUAAAAAAAGUACCAGAGAAGGAAGCAGUACUUAUAUUCUAUGAUAUUGUUAGGGUUGUUGCAAAUUUACAUAAGAGAAACAUAGUACAUAGAGACUUGAAGCUAGGCAAUAUAGUGUUAAACCAAAGAACUGGCCGCAUAACCAUUACCAAUUUCUGCUUGGGCACUCACUUGGGCAGUGACAGAGAUUUAUUGAAGGAUCAGAGAGGGUCACCAGCCUAUAUAUCACCAGAUGUGCUGAUGUGCAAGCCAUAUUUAGGAAAGCCUUCAGAUAUGUGGGCACUUGGAGUAGUCUUAUAUACAAUGCUAUAUGGACAGUUCCCAUUCUGCGACACUAGUCUUGCACAACUUUUCAGUAGGAUACAGGCCGCCAAUUAUAAUAUACCACCGUGAGUAUUUUUUAAACUGUCUGUUAUCAAUCUAAAAUUGCCUUAAUCUUUGUAUAUGGUAGAGCCAUGCUGCAAAGAGGCAUUCUAUCUUAGUCCUCAUGGCUGACAACGCAUCUGCAUUUUGAUUUGCUCUCGAGGAUAGAUGUAGAUGUCUAUGGGCCACAGCAACCACUUACCAUCAAGUGGACUGUGUGCUCGCUUGUCACCCUUCUUCUAUAAAAGAAAAAUCACUCUUUAUUAAGACUUAGAUUACAAUGCUUAGUAAGAGAAGUGGACUGGGCUUUCUACUGUAUCUUUGAUUCAAGACAAAAUAAUUACUUUAUGUUAUAUCGACAUCAUACUGUGAAUAUUUUCUUAUUUUAUUUGUAUUUUGUAAAAUAUUUAUUAUGAAUAAUAUUUUACUUGUACAAAAACAUUGAAAUUGAAUGAAAUGAUUGCUUUUUUCUGUAUGAAACUGUAAUUAUGUUUGUCCAACAUAUUCUGAUGAUAUCAUCGUAAUAAACAAUUCUAAUCUCGGUCAGAAUGAGGUCAGGGAUAUCCCAGAAAUCUCUCCAGCAUCUUAAAAAUGGCAAAUCCCCGGGCGAGGAUGGAAUUUUUUUUUAUAGAAGAGGGGGCAAACGAGCAUGCGGCUCACCUGAUGGUAAGUGACUAGGGGAAUUGCAGAUGUGUUGUCGGUCUUUUAGAAAGGUGAAAGUUCUUUUCUUGAAGGUUCCUAAGUCAUAUCGGUCCGGAAAAGUCGCCGGUGGUAAAUAAUUCCACAGAUAAGUUUGAGGAAGAAAACUCCUAGUAAAACGCACAGUCGUGGACCGCCAAGCAUCCAGAUGGUGUGUGGAUGGUAUCGUGAAUUUUGACGCGAUGUGCGUUCGUGAAAUUUGGCGGCUGGAAUUAAUCUGAACAAUUCCUCAGAGCACUCCCCAUGGUAAAUUCGAUAGGAAAUGCGAAGGGAUGAAACAUCCCUACGCAGUGCCAGUGUAUCGAGCCGAUCAGAAAGAACUCGGUCGUCGACGAUUCGAACCGUUCUGCGCUGGAUGCGGUCAAGUGGAAGGAGCUGGCACUCGCCCAGAGAUGAGAACAGUAUUCCAUGUGAUGCCAAACUUGCGCUUUGUAAAGUUGCAAGCGAUGUGCCGGCAUGAAAUACUGUCUCGCUCUGCUGAGCAUGCCAAGCUUUUUAGAGGCCAAUUUCGCCUUCCCUUCCAAGUGACCACGAAACUGCACACUAUUGCCUUGAAACUGAGGAGAUAUGACAAAGGGGUUCUUUUUAGCGGUAAACGCGCGACUUGUGUCUUCUGGGGAUUGAACUGGACUAGAUUUAGUCGCCCCCAAUCCGAGACUCUGUUCAGCAAAGACUCGCCUUCAGACACAAAUUAGUCCCGGUACUCGGCGACGUUUUCCCGAGAAAUAUUGGCACGGCCGGUAUAUAAGGCAUCACCAGUGCUGUCGUGUGCAUAGCAAUGAAUGUUACCAGUUUGCAACAUAUCAUUGAUAUGCAGGAGCGUUGGUGAUAGCACGCAGCCUUGUGGAACACCAGCGUUGAUAGGCUUGAAAUCAGAGCAUGAACCGUCUACUACGACCUUGAUGCUCUGAUCACCAAGGAAACUGGCGAUACAUUUGCAAAAUUUCUCGGGAAGCUCAUAGGAAUGAAGCUUCGAAAGAAGCGCUUUGUGCCAGACCUGAUCGAAGGCCUUUGCUAUGUCCAAACUAACAGCCAAUGCCUCCCCCUUGGACUCUACUGCCUCCGCCCAUCUAUGAGUCAGAUAAACCAGAAGAUCACCAGGUGAUCGACCCCGACGAAAACCGUACUGGCGGUCACUGAUCAGCUGGUACCCGAUUCUCAAGGUACCACAUGAGCUGGCAGUUUAUAAUGGAUUCCAUUAUUUUGGAGAACAAGGAGGUGAUGGGGCGGGUCUGAGCGGUCGCCUUUUUUAAGGAUCGGGUGGACCAAAGCUGUCUUUGAAUUCGAGACUACGUAUUGGGAUUGGGAGUACCGGAAACGACGCGUUGAAACUGGUGCCAACUCUGGAGCACACGUCUUCAGCACAAUGGGAGGGACUCCAUCAGAUCCACUCGACUUGCUGACGUUCAGGGAGAAGAGUGCUUUGCGAACCAAGCUCUGUGUAAACCGUAAAUCCAAUAUGGAGCACUCACACCGCGGGAUGGUCGGCGGUGUGUUCCCCCGUCAUCUAGAGUCGAGUUGGACGCAAAGAGAGUUUAAUAGAUCGGCUUUCUCCUUUGCGGCAUGGGCCAGUGAGUCAUCCUCUCUGUGCAAUGAUGGAAGACAUGGCUGACAGAAUUACAGCAGAGCUUCUGAAAUCGAGUGGAAAAUCGGUACUUAAAGUCCUUCAAAAGCUCUUUAAUUCAGUCCUCCAUGGUGGCACUACUUCGGAAGCGUGGAGCAGAAGUGCAGUGCAGUCUUGUUCUUCAAGAAAGACAACAACGCUCUCUUGACGAACUACAGACCUAUAUCCCUUCUGAGCCGCGUCUACGUGCUGUUUUCGAGAGUCAUUACGAAUCGUCUCGCACGCAGACUCGACGACUUCCAGCCUCCCGAACAAGCCAGUUUCCGAUAAGGCUUUAGCAUCAUAGACCACAUACAUACCCUUCGGUAAAUUGUACAGAAGAACGAAUAGUAUAAUCUGCCACUUUGCCUUACAUCUAUGGACUAUGAAAGAGCCUUUGAUUCCGCUGAAAUUUGGGCAGUGCUGCAGUCCCUUCAGUGGUGCCAAGUGGACUGUAGGGCUACGAUGGCUAUCCGAGUUCAGAACCCGAAUACGAAACCUAUUCAACUGCAGAGAGGUGUAAGACUGGGUGACGUUAUAUCCCCGAAACUUCACUGCCGCAUUGGCAGACAUUUUCAAGCUACUGGACUGGAAAGGAUACGGUAUCGACGUCCAUGGCGAGUACAUCACUCACUUUCAAAUUGCCGACGAUUUAGUCUUUAUGGCAGAAUUGCUGGAGGACCUAAGCACUAUGCUCAAUGACCUUAAUAGUGUCUCCCAAUGGAUAAGUCAUAAGAUGAACAAGGACAAAACAAAAAUCAUGUAUAACGUCCAUUUCACACCUAUGCCAGUAGUUGUUUAGAGCAUUAAGCUCAAAGUUGUUGAUUAAUAUAUUUACCUGGGACAAAUAGUCCAACUAGGUAAGUCCAGCUUUGACCGAGAGGUCAAUCGACGGAUUCAACUCGGCUGGGCAGCGUUCGGGAGAUUACGACACAUCUUCUCUUCAGACAUACCUCAAAACCUUAAAACUAGAUUGUACAACCAGUGCUUGUUGUCAGUGAUGACCUAUGGAUCUGAGACAUGGUACUUCACUGCUGGCUGUAUGAGGAAGCUCAGUGUCGCUCAGCGAGCUAUGGAGAGGGCUCUGCUCGGCGUUUCUUUGCGUGCUAGACUUAAAAACGAGGAUAUUCGCAGCAGAACCUAAGUAACCGACGUAGCCCAGAGAAUUAGUAUGCUGAAGUGGCAAUGGGUCGGCCAUUUAGCUCGAAGAACCGACAACCGAUGGAAAGAAAAGUUCUCGAGAGGGAUCCUCGUACCGGCAGGCGAAGUGUAGGGCGUCCCCCCACUAGAUCGAGUGACAACUCGGUAAGACAUGCAGGAAGUCAAUGGAUGCAAGUGGCUCAGGACCGUGCUUAGAGGAGGCCUAUGUUCAGCAGUGGAUUUGUGAAGGGCUGUAAUGAUAAUGAUGAACAUAUUUGUGCCUCAAGAGAAACGCACUGAAGCCUAAUCACGAUACGCUAGCAUAACUUUGUAAUAUCACGUGGAGCAUUGGUCGCAUCUCGGGGUGAACACCUUGCGAGAGAUCUCCCCUUUACUUUCAUGGCUAAAUAUUUUUUUAUUAAUAUGCUACUAUUUAACAACGAAAUUAUUCUAAGUUGAGAAGAAUGGUGAAAGCAAGUGAAAGUAAAAUUGGGUAGUUGACACUAUUUAUACUACACCAUAUGAUUUGUCGUGCCAUAUAGUGGCAGGGGGGGAAACUGAAUCAGAAGAUGGGUUGCAGCAUCUUCCUAAUAACAACUUAAAAUAAUAGAAAACCUGUGGUUCCAAUCCGCCUUCUAUGUUCAGUAGUGGACUUUAUGGCUGUAGUGGGUGGAUGGAUAUGAUUUUCAUAUAUUAAAUGAAAACUAUAUAAGGUGUAGUUAUUUAUAAAUGAUAAUUUGCAUUUUAGCUGUUUAGUUGUGGUAACAAAGUCCACUAAAACAUGUAGUUCCGAGGGUGUCGUCAAAGGUGACGAAGGGAAAUUGACAUGAGAUGCACAGCAGCAUCUUCCAGAUAACCCCUC